AUGAACAAAUCAUUGAAUGAAAAACUAAUCGAUCUUAUAAACGACAUUGCUGAAAACGUAUUCUUAGUUCAAUUUGUGAUUUCUACAAUUGGAUUAGUUAUUAACGUCCCACAUCUUCUUAUUCUACUUCAUAAUUCUAUGAGAACAUCUUCUACCAAUUCCAUAAUGAUUGGAGUUGCGAUAUGUGAUUCAAUCACUUUAUCUCAAAAUGUUUACGAUAGAGUUCAAGGAUACUGGUUCUAUGGUUCUCCAAACUCCUGUAUGAAUCAGAAUAACUAUUGGCACAUGUAUUCAUUGCUUAUUGGAGACUUUCUUCAGACCGUUUUCGAAAGAGCAUCUUUCUGGCUUGGAGCAUUCUUGGCGUUGAUAAGAUUAGUUAUCAUGAAAAAGGCUGGAACUACGUUAAAAAUAUCUGAACCAUUGUAUGGCUACCUUCUGAUAUUGUUUCUAGUCUGUUUGAGCUUUGCGCAUAGUUUAUAUUUUAAUCGCGGAUACAGUAUGGCUCAAUGGGAUACUUGGAAACCAGAAGAAACGUGCACUGGAUACCCGGCUAACUACUCUGAACCAGCAGUUACUCGUGAUUUUGCGGGCAACGAAAUACUGAUUCUGAAACGGUACCUGAUGAUUAAUGGAGUUUCUCGGAUCCUUGUCAGUGUUUUCUAUCCAGUUCUCACAAUAAUGCUUAUUUUCGUAAUACGAAAAUCAACAAAGUCUAAAGCGUUGGACAGCAGGAAUUACGAAGAAAGACACCGUACCUGUCGUUUGAUUCUAGUCAUGUCCAUAUUCUAUGUGAUCGCUAGCGCACCAGCUGGAUUUUUAGAAUAUGUAGCAUUAUUUGUCACG